CCGUGACCCCAAUGUCAAACAACUGGAAAUGGAAAAAAUCCGCGACUCAUGAAUAUUCAUGAAUCACAAAUCAUGAGCUGCAUAGAGGGUACCGAUUCCCGAGCCUCACGAACAACGAAUUAUGAUUUUCGAUAAUGAAAUUAAUUAAAGUGCAAUGAUAUCAAUGACAGGUAAUAUGACGACCUUUGGGAAAGUUAAAAGGUAUAUAAAGAGCGGGCGAUCCGUGGAUCGGUACUCCAUCCAUCAUGGCUGGCACUAGUUUCGCUUUGGUGUGUUGCGUUGUCGUGUUGCCUUCGGUAGCUGGUUAUUGGUGGUCCAAUCAGAACCAGAAUCUGAAUAACAAUGUCAACGUAAACACAGGGUUCUACGACCCCCCUCCCGCCCCGGCGCCGGAACCCCCCGCACCCGCACCAAAGAAAGUAGUACACGCCACCAAAGACACCGUGGUCAGCAUCAACUUCCACGCCCCCAUCAAGAACAAGUUUAUCCCCACCCUCAACAUCGGAGGUUUCGGAGGCGGUCCCGCCCCCAAGGCCCCUUCAGCUUCACCCAAGAAGAAGAAGACUCCUAAAUCCCCCAAGAAAGGAAAGAGGCCAGAACCUAAAAAGAAGACCGCUGCUCCAAAGAAGAAGUCCAAGGCCCCCAAAUCAAAGGCCCCCAAGAGCUCCCCACCAAAGGGAUCUCCACCCAAAGGUUCUCCACCUAAGGGAUCCGGUGGCGCCGGACACGGUCUACCCAUGAACCUUGUCUUCAACAACAACUUUCCCCAGAACAUGAUGAACGUUGUCGGAGCUCACAAUAACGUCAGAGGCAAAGGCGUUCACAUGCCCAACAACAACGCUGGAGGAACCCAAAAGGUCAAACAGACCUACAAAGCCACAGGUGGAAUUCAGACCCAGGGUGGAUACCAGGGAGGACAGCAAGGAGGCCAGCAAGGGGGACCUCAGCAGGGUGGCGGACAAGGAGGGAGCCAGGGUGGAUUUGGAAGGUGGGGUGGAUCUCAUUAUACCAACAUCCACUCCGUCAAAUACCCGAGCAAUGACGUCCAAGUCAUCGGAAACGGAAACGAAGUCCACACAGUUGCCGGACUUUACAACAAUGUCAAGUACCAGAAGAAAGUGGCUCCUCCGCCCAUGCAGGGAAUGCAGUUUAAACUUCUUCUGAACUUGCUCCAGAAGAUGGUUGUUAAAGUGAAUGCUCCACCAAAAACCACAACUACAACCACAACAGAGCCUACAACAACAACCACUACCACUGAAGCUACCACAACUCCAGCAGAAACCACCACAACCACCGAGGCGACCACAACCACCACCACCACAGAGCCUACCACAACUACCACUGAAGCUACCACCACUACCACAGAGGCUACAACAACCACUACCACAGAGGCCCCAACCACUACAUUCCCUUAUAACCAAAUGUUGGAGAUCCUGCUAGCACAGAUGGCCUCUGGCUCCAACACACAGACACAGCAAGCCGCUGUUAUGGAUAUCAUGGGACGAGGAGGUCAGAAAGCGGUCUCCAUGAACGCCAACUCAGGAUAUGGUCAACAGGCUACUCUGGACAUCUUUGGUGCUGCCCAGCAAGCCCCAACAACAAUGGGACCAUACUUGGACCCAGUGGCUCAACUCGACCUCCUGGCAGCCGGUGGAUCCAUCUCUGGUGGCUCAUACGGCGGGUCUAGUUUUACCGCAGUCACCCCACCACCUGCUGGUGCAGGCGCCGCCGGAGCAGCCGUGGACCUCACUUGGCUGAACAAAUACAUGCCUCAACUGGCUCUCCACCAAAGGUCUCCAAUCAAGGUCAUCUCUGGUGGCAGUUACGGCAGCAGAAAGGCCGCCGUGUAGUGAGUGCAUUAACUAUCUGACUCUUAUACCGGUAUUGUUUUGCAAUUUGUGUCUCAGUCAAACCACCUAUAAAUCUAAUUUCUACGCAUUUCUGCCGGAGCCUUGUAUUUUAUCAGUAUUAUCUUUGUGACCAAUAAAGAACUUUUUCAUACUUUCGAUCAGACAGAGAUGUAUGAAAUCCGUCUUCUGGGACACGGUUGUGAUCAACUGCAGGAAUUUUGUGGUGUUCUUAAUGUUAUUUAUUUCAUUUGUGUUUUUAUUGUC